GCCUGGCUCCGGAGACCCUGGGUUUGGAGUGGGAAGUGAGGUGAGGGAAGUCUGUCGCUUUUUGAUGAAUUCAUCGGUUGUGGACUUUGGACCCGAGGGGCCCCUGGCCCCUGGAGGCUGGUACUUGCACCUUAAAGCCCCAUCUCCGGAGGACCGACCGUUCGGCAGGUGGUGAAGCCUGCGACUUGGAAGCCGAAUCCGUAGAUUAUUUCAUGUUUCAUCGCCCUUCCGAGAAGAACUUGUGGAAUUCUUCAUUGAAAACGAAGCAUUCCCAAGUCAUUCUCCCCUGCAGUCUCCCGCAGCAGCAGGCCUGUUGUGAAUAUUGAGUAAAGGAUGUGUUGGUUUUUCGCCCAAAAUAUGUUGUAGGGUUGUUUUGAGUUAAGAAGGUUGCUGGCAUGUUGUAGUACCAUAUACCGUGUCCUUGCCUCGCUACCAGUGAUCCGCCAAGUGGGAACUGCAGCUACUCUGUGCGCAGAAUCACGGGACCCCAAAAUCAGGAGAUUGAAUUAGUUCCCAAUAAUGGGAAGAACCUACAUUGUAGAAGAAACUGUUGGCCAGUAUCUUUCAAACAUAAAUCUUCAAGGAAAGGAUUUUGUCUCUGGUCUUUUAAUUGGACAGUGUUCUUCACAAAAGGAUUAUGUCAUUCUUGCCACUCGAACGCCACCCAAAGAGGAACAAAAUGAGAAUCUCAAACAUCAACAAAAAGCUAAGUUGGGUAACUUGGAUGAAGAAUGGACCACAGAACAUGCCAACCAGGUGUCCAGAAUGCUACCAGGGGGACUUUUAGUUCUUGGAGUAUUUAUCAUUACAACUUUAGAAAUGGGAAAUGAUUGUCAAAAUGCCCUGCGUAGACUAAUAUUUGCUAUGGAAAAAUCUUUGAAUAAAAGGAGACUCUGGAAUUUCACAGAAGAAGAGAUCUCAGAAAGAGUGACACUUCACAUUUGCUCUUCUACAAAAAAAAUAGUUUGUCGGACUUAUGAUAUCCGUGAUCCAAAGAGUUCAGCAAAACCAGCAGAUUGGAAGUACCAAAAUGGACUGUCAACCUCAUGGCUUCCGUUAGAGUGUACAGUUCAUGUUAAUAUUCACAUCCCGCUGUCUACCACCUCUGUCAGCUAUACGCUGGAGAAAAAUACAAAGAACGGACUUGUUCGCUGGGCUAAGCAAAUAGAAAAUGGCGUUUAUUUGAUUAAUGGACAAGUUAAAGACGAAGAUUGUGACCUCUUAGAAGGACAGAAAAAAUCUUCGAGAGGAAAUGUUCAAGCAGCUAGUCAUUCUUUUGAUGUCAAAGUGCUAACACAGUUGCUUCUGAAUUCGGACCACAGAUCCACAGCCACAGUCCAGAUAUGCAGUGGCUCUGUAAACCUUAAGGGUGCUGUGAAAUGCAGAGCCUAUGUUCAUAGCAAUAAACCCAAGGUUAAAGAUGCUGUGCAGGCAAUGAAGAGAGAUAUAUUGAAUACAGUUGCAGAUCGUUGUGAAAUGCUAUUUGAAGAUCUGCUUUUGAAUGAAAUUCCAGAAAAAAAAGAUUCUGAAAAAGAGUUUCACAUCCUCCCUCACCGAGUUUUUGUCCCCAUUCCGGGAUCUACUGUAAUGUUAUGUGAUUAUAAAUUUGGUGAUGAGUCAGCUGAAGAAAUGAGAGACCAUUUCAUAGAGAUGUUAGAUCAUAUGAUUCAAAUAGAAGAUUUGGAAAUUGCAGAGGAAAUAAACACAGCUUGUGUGAGUUACUCUAUGAAUACUGAAGCUUCAUUGGACAACACAGAUGAUGAACAACCAAAACAACCAAUUAAAACUGCAGUAAUAAUGAAAAUUCAGCAAAAUAUAGGUGUGAUUGCAGCAGUUGCGGUAGCAGUCUUUGCUGCGGGAAUCUCCUUUCAUUACUUCAGUGAUUAGGGUGAGACACAGAGAGCUUCCUGAUCUUCCAGAGAACACAAAGCAAUCAUUAUGAAUAAUGAAGAUGCAAACAGUCCAUCUGCAUUUAAGACCAGAGCAGCCACCUCUGCUGUCAUAAUGCCUAUUAGGUUUCUGACUAAAAUGAAAUCACCAGCUGCCUUGUUUAGCCCUGCUUAUAUUAUAGAUGGCUCAGGCUUCCAAAAAUAAAGUUGUGCAUAUAGAUGGAAGUUGCUGUAACAAAUCCUUAUUACCUAUUUUUUAAAAUGUUUAAAAUGAUACUUUAUUUUUAUAGAUUUUAGUCCUGUUGAUUUGGAUCAUAUAUUGUAAAUUUAACUGAGUAUCUUAGAAUAAUGCGAGAAAUUUUUACAAAGUGGGACAACAAUCUAUUGGAUAAGUUCAUAUCCUAGGACCUUUCUAAUGUAUACUCAGUUUCAAAAUAGUGAUCGAGUUCUGGUCAAGGGAUAGGAAACCUUUCCAGAGAGGUUUGAAUUAUUAAGGCUUGCCAUAAAUCACGUGCUUUCUCAGGUUAGUAUAUUAUACCCAUUUUAGUAUAUUUAAUAAGACUUUUACUUUUAGCAGUACGUUAGGUUAAGUACUGAAAAACAACUAAAUCCUGAACAAAAUCUAUUUUUGAAUGCAUUAAUCGGGUCAAAGAAAGUAGGGGAAGUUUCUGAGAAUCAUACCUCUAUUUUUACUCACAAAAAUGAACACAUUUUGGUUGGGAAUUGUGAAUACUAUAUUAAGCAUGCAAGUGGGCAGUGGUUGCUCAGAUGGCAAAUACCAAUUGCAACAUAACCAUAUGCAAUCUGCCUUGGAUUAGAAACAAGGAAAUGAAUCUGAAUCUGAGAUGCUGUUCCAGCCAGGACAGUUGAAGUGGGCAUUUAGUUUGUAGUACCCUGUAGCUCAUAGCAGAAGCAAGUUAAGGCUCAGGACUUCCAUAGAUAAAGCAAUAUUAUGAUUAGAUAUUACCAGGUGCAAAUUAAAAACUAGCUAGUGUGAGAAAGAACCUAUAGAAAUAAUUCACUUCUCUAAGUUCUUAUCACUGACAUCUAUGAAAAAUGGAACCACAGGCAGAUCUAAAAAAGAAAGAACUGCAAAAAUGAAAAAAAUAUGUUACUUGAAAUUAAAAAAAAAAAAAGAACCCUCAGACAUGUUGAAUAUUGUAUUAGACUCAAGAGACAAUAAAUAAACUGGAAGUGAGAUCUAAAGAAAUUACCUGGUGUGCAGCAAGGAGAAACAAGGAGCUAGAAAAUGCAAAUAUUAAAGAGAACUUUAGAGAUAUGGAGGGAAGAAUUAUAAAAACCAGAAGUAUUAUGAGAGAAAAAGAGGAUGGAAGAGUGGCAUAUUUGAAGAUAACUAUUUUCCUUACUUGAAAAGCAUGAAUUCAAUAAUUUUAGGAAGCACAGUAUAUCCCAAACAUAAAUGGAUCAAAACCAUGCCUAAAUCCAAAGUAGUGUAACUACAAGAUAUGAAGCACAAGAUUUUAAAAGCAUUCAAAGGAAUCAAAAUAGCAUCAAUGAAGGCAAGACAGUCACAUACUCAGUAGGCUUCUCAAUAGCAACAAUGUACCCAAAGAUGGUGGAAUAAUAAUGCCUUCAAAGUUCUGAGAAAAACUAUAUCAACUUAGAAUUUGUACCAAGCAAAACUGAAAUGUUCAGAUGAAAAACAGACUUUUACUAUCAACAGAAUUUCAAUAAAGAAACUACAAAGAAUGAUCUUAAAGAAGGAAAAUGUUUCCACAAAGAUGAUCUGAAAUCGAAGAACCCGUGAACAAAUACAAUGAUAUAAAUCAAAGGUAUUGUUAAUAUAAAAAGGUUGUAAUUAAGUGUUUAUAAGAAGUAAAAUUGUAAACAGCUGUAAAAUUAAAUAAACAUUUUUAUGCAACAUGAA